CUGUAAAUUAGCGUCAAUGGAUGCACGUCGAGGGCCAGACCUUCUUGAGAGUUAUUGAAUCUUAUGAGUAAUUGCCUGAUAAAAGACGACCGGUUGUCGGUUGGGGUUCUAGUUACCCAGAUGGUAGCGCUCUUAAGUGUGAAUAUAUUUGCUCAUGUAGCUGCUGUUAUACUGCUUAUGCUUAUCAGGAAAAUUUGUAUUCUAUUUGGUUAGGGGGAGCUUUUUAAUCUUAUGAAGCUCUAGAAUGAUCGUUGUACACGAGGCUUGCUACUCUUGAGAAAGAGACUCUUGAUUCCAGAAGCAAUAUGAAGAGAAAAUUAGUUAUUGGAUGUUGUGCUGCUAUGUCAAGCAUUGUUAUUCUCGUUAUCGUGACAAGGUAGCAAUGAAGAGGCAGGGAAGCUGCUAUCCUAUCAGAGAAGAAAAGAAGAGGAUUAAGAAGAGUAAGCGAAAAGAAGGCUUAGAAAGUCGAUGUGAUCAAAUCCCAGAAGUCACAGCCCACGCAAAAAGAAGGCUAGGAAUGCCCGGACAAAGUGUCCUAAGCUCGGUGGUAGCAGUGGAACGUUUUGGUUUGUUCAGGGUUUAGUUUUGCAGACGGUUGGGGAAUACCAUAUAGCCUUAGUGAAGUUUUAGGUAGUUUUGACUGAAUAGUUAUGUAAUUUAAUGUUCUGGGAUUCUUAGUAGUAGUAUGAAUUAGUGCACCUGCUGCGUUGGGUUCUUUUGCUGACGAAACUGGUAUGUAGGCUGAAUUUUAUGUUAAUGCUGAUCUCUUUUGAAUGAUUGAGUUAGAAAUCUCUUUGGCUUUUGACUCCCCUCUUGAAUUUUAGUGUGAUAUGUUAUUAGCUUAUUGCACAAGUAGAAUGAGCGAAGGUUAAGUGCUGAUCUAAACUGGGACAUUUACUCUAUCUUGGCUAAUGGAAAAAAAUCAGGAAAAUAUUAAAGGAGAACAACAAAAACAUCAUACAACAUAUUUCCUUUCUUGCUUGUACAUGCUCGGAAAAGAGACUCGUUUAUAAACCCUCCCAAGCAAAGGGGAGAUGCAAGCAAAAAUUCCAUGUCAUAAAUCGCAUGAUGAUAAUAUAAACUGCAGUCCCCAAAACUAACUCUUUCUUCCUACUGAAAAUGGUCCAACAUACAAAUUCUACUCCGCAAAGAAGAAUUGACAUUUCACCUCUCUAAAGCUUAUCUUUUCAGUUUGUGAUUUAGAAGUAGUACAUACAAGUUCCUGCUCACUUUCAAGCGGACUACCAACACAAGAUAAUCAAAUACACUUUACAUAAACCACAAGGAUUCCAGUAAUUGUUUCUACUUCUGAGAUCUUGCUUGUUUAUGUCAGAAGAAAAUGAAGUUGUCAUUAGUUUGUUUAGCUGCAAUAAAAUGAAAGAGUGGCAUCGCAGCUUUCAUGAAAAAAUAUGUCCUCCAUGCCAAGUCGGUUUCCAACUGAAGUGAGUUGUUGGCGCUUCCUUGGUCGGCAACCCCAGCCUGCCUUCCCCCCAAAAAAAUUUCAUCGAGAUAACUGUAAGUUGAUAAAUAUAAUUCUGCUUUAUUCAGUAAAGACUAAAGAGCCAAACCUUCCAUUCAAAUUUGAUGCACACUUUCCGAUCGAAAAGGACCUAACUACCUGCAUAAUGAUACAAACGGAUCACAUGAAUCAUUGAUAGCAAGCUAACAAUAUGAACUAAGUUAGUAACCGGCUGGACAUUUGAGUGGGAAAGCUAAUAAGCCAAACACAACUCAAACACAAACCCUUGCAGCAGAAAACCAAUAAGCCAAACCAAAAAAAAGGACAACCGCAACAAAUAACAUACACAAGCACAGCAGCACCCAAAACACACAGAGAAGGAAAAUUGAACAGCACCUGCAGUCCCAAUAUAAAACAUAUAAGAUUAAGAAAAUAUCUUGUCAAUUAGAGGUGACCAACCAAGAAAAACCUCAUGUCUUCUUUCACAAAUUCAACUACAAGGCCAAAAUGAGGAUUUACCAUCACACAAAAGCAUCUACAAAUAGAGUCCUAAUCAGCACAACUCCCCUCGUACUGGAUUGGAUUGGUUUGGUGAAAACAAGUUCUCCUUGCAGCUGCAUGAUUGAUGAUUCUUUAUUAAUAGUCGUAGCAAAUGUGUACGCCUAAAGGUGCAAUCCUUCUUAUCUCUAACAUGUGAGAUUUUAAAAGCUUUGCACAAUUUUCCUUUCUUUGGGUAGAUUCGCAUAAAGGCAAUUGAAGAGAUUUAUAAACCAGGAUAUGUUGGGUUAUUAAUUAUGUAGUGAAAUAAGAUACAAUAGUAUUGUGCUAUUCUCUUCAAACAAGCAUUCAAAUUCGGUUUUUAUGGAUAAAUGAAUUUGCUGUCAAUUUCACUUAAGACCAAUUAGCAUAACAAACCAAACGACGUUUCAAGUUUUGGAUUCAUAUUUGGCAAAAGCACCAACUAGAAACGGGAGUAGCAGACAGGCAGAACUGAGAAGUUGUUAGCUGACAUAAGAUACAAGAGGGAAGGACAACACAUAAGCAGAACAUGGGGACUUCAACCAAUACCCUGCUGCUCCGUAACACGACAAGGCAAGGGGAAAAAUCCCAAAACAAACCUUCAUUGCAGCAGUCGUGACAUAACAGUGCAGAGCAAAAGGAAACUAAACCAAAUUAGCAGGACCCUUCGGGUUCGUUAGGCAAGGUCUCUAGGCACCUAGGUUUUGAAGAUUCCAACAGGAUAUUGAAGAGUGAGGGGAAGCCGCAGGGAUGACAAUUCAAACUUUCUUCGCCUUUUAAUUGUCUGUGCCGGCAGAGCACUUCGAUGGUGACAGGCUACCGCUUAGAAUCAAGGAUUCUUCGAUUUGUUGUACAGAAUGAAUGCAGGAGGAGGAAUAUGGUGAAGGAGUUAAGUGGAGGGGUACAGGGGAGAGAUAAAUAGCCAAACGUCUGAGUGAGGACGGAGACGUUAUCCCGUCUGUUUUAAUGGCUGCGGUUUGGCUCUUCAACGGGUUGAAUUGGAUUUAUAAACCAGUCACGCCACAUCAGCACCAUGUGGCCCAAUCAGAAACGGCGUCACCGGUGCCGCACUUGUAGUAUUGGCCCAAAAUGAUUGGAUAAUGAUGAAGUGCAUGUACUGAAUUACGAAAAGAUAUCAAAGGAGACAGUAAAAACAAACACACCAAAGCUGCAUAAAAAUGCAGCAACCACCCGAUAGAGAUUGGAUUAUACUAGAGGUGGCAAAUGGAUUGGAUUGGUGGAUUGGAUUGGUAGAUCCAUGGAUCAAAUGGAUUGGAUCUAAUGGAUUGGUGGAUUCAUGGAUUGGAUCAAGUGGAUUGGUGGAUUAUCCAUGAAUCCAAAUGACAUACUCAACCAAUGACCAAUAUGUAAAAUGUAAAAAGUUUAGGUACUAAAAUGUCAUAAUGGAAAAUUUUAGGUACCGAAACGUAAUUUUCCAAUGAUAUUUUUCGUAUAAAAAAUUAAAUUUUAGGUACCAAAAUGUAAAAAAUAAAAAUUAUAGGUACUAAACCGUAAUUUGCCAAUGAUCCAUGGAUCCACCAAUCCAAUUGGAUUUGGAUAAAAUGGAUUGGAUUAGGUGGAUAUUUUUAAUCGAUUGAUAGAUUGGAUUGGUGGAUUGGAUUGAAAUUGCCACCUCUAGAUUAUACCCUUCUAACAGGGAUACCACAUGUGAGACAAGAGCAUAAAGGCUAAAAACAUAGUUGGCAAACUUGAAACAUAUAUCAAGGAUACAUUACUGCACUCCAAACUACAUUCUGAUACAAGAAUAUGGGAUUCAUAAGAGACUAAAGCUAUCAUACACACACAUUGCUCUAAUUGUUUUUAUAUAAACUCAACCAGUUGGAGUAGAAUCUACAGAUUGUAUCUUAAUAUACAAUUUCAGAGGAAAAUGGAACAGCCCAAGUUUGCAAGAAGUUCAUCAUUAUCAGAUUUCAUCACGGCACCUAAUGUGAAGUGCAUAUCAUUUUUGGAACAGAGAGGCAUAUCUUGCAGGUACUGUGUAUUACCCCCUUCUAAUGCUAAGCUUCUCUUUCAUAUAUUUACUCAGGUUACAGAGAGUCUUUUUUGAAUCAAAUGAAUCGGUUCUAAAAUGGCUGUCAAGCAAUUGAUAAAUCAGGAUAUAAUAUAUCACGUAUUACAUUGUUAAGAAUGAGGUUCAAGUUCAAUGUCUGCAGUGUAUGAUGGACACAAUAGAAACUCCGCUGCCACUCGAUAAAACCACUCGAUAAAACCAGAAAUAAGGGAAAACACAAAUACAACCUCUCUUGCAUAAUCCAAGACAUACAACUUCAGAUUGCAUAGGGAAUUAACAGGACCCGAAUAAAUGUCUUCAAACCAAAAAUAUACAGUUCUCAAAUUACCUGGAAGCUUUUUGAUUUGUUGGGAAAAUUUGCUCCGCGGCACCUCCAGGAGCUUGGUGUCGACGAUUCAAUAAUGGACGAAUAAGUACCCGGAGUGCUUUUGGAGAACGCCGGCGAAGGUGAUCAAAGAACUCCCUUUUGGUUCGUCCAUCGUCGUCGUCCCCUGUUUUUGCGUUUUCGCCGAAGGAGAUCGAAUGGUUUGUCCGUCGUCGUCCUCCCCUCUGUUUGCGUUUUCUGAAUCUUCCAAAACCAAUCGAAUCGUGUUAAUCAAGGAGGAGGAACGGUGAACAGUUUGGUGGAGGGUAUGCAGUUUGAUCAGCGACGGUGGCGCUCACCACCAGGCAGUUCGCUUUUUCAGAAUCUGACGACCGACUGAACAAGGAAGACGGCGAUUCGCUUUUCGCCUUUUCCUUCGUUUUUUUUUUCAGAAUAAAAAUAAAUGCAAUUUAAUGUU